AUGACAGCCCCUCAAUCCACACCGCCCCGCGUCCUCUCAGUGACGAUCUCGGCCUCGCAUAACUUCUCCAAGAAUGCCGUCUCUUCUAUCAAACUUAUCGCCAACCUUGGCGUGGAAGGCGACUGUCAUGCCGGCGAAACUGUUCAGCACCGCUCACGCCUGCACAUUAAGCCCCCGCCGGCAAACCUUCGCCAAGUGCACCUCAUACCGAUUGAAAUUCUGCGGGGUAUAUGCGCAACACUGCCGACUGACGAGAUGAGGACACAGCUACUGGCGCCUGGAGCUCUGGGACAGAAUAUCACCACCGAGGGAGUCGAUCUCUUGAGUCUCGGUGCCGGAACGGAAAUUCGUUUCGUUGAAGAUGGAGAGGCAGUGGGCGAGGAGGCUGUUAUUACCCUUACAGGGUUGAGAAAUCCAUGUCCUCAAAUCGAUAAGUUCCAGGCUGGAUUGAAAGAGCAGUUCUUGGUUCGUGAUGAAGAGCGUAACAUUGUGAGGCGGUUGGCGGGUGUCAUGGCUACAGUGAAGAAGGGAGGAGUUGUGCGGCCUGGAAUGAAGCUAAUUAUUGACAAGCCUUCCCAAUAUGUUCCGUUGGAUGUUGUCUGA